UGCCCCGUUCACAGUGCUGGGUCUCAGUGUCACGUAGGUUGCACUGGUUGUGGGAGAUGGCGAGAAAGUGGAACUGGGCCACCCUGGUUGUCCACCUCCUGCUGUGGCUUUCAGUAGCGGGUCGGUCACACGUGCAGACUGAGACACGGUUUGAGCCAGUCCAGGAAGCAGCUCGUCUGAGGGAACGGCGAGCUGUCACUGCGCCGGGCAAGAUCUCCUGUGAACUCUCACCCUGGGGUCCGUGGACGUCCUGUCAGCCUUGCAGAGGUAUCAAGUAUCGGUCAAGGAGCAUAAUCCAGUUUGGGCAGUUCGGCGGCAGGACGUGCACUGAUGUCCUGUCAGAGCAGCAGCCAUGUCCUGUCACGGGCAACUGUGAGGAGGAGCCCGUCAACUGUGGAACAAACUUCCAGUGCCAUGACGGGCACUGUAUCAGCAGAAGGCUGACGUGUAACGAAGACAAUGACUGCGGUGACUUCAGUGACGAGGAUGAGUGCGAGGAUGUCCGCUCACCUUGUAGGAGGCCGGUGGAACCCUUGGAAAUAGCACACAUUGCUGGUACUGGGGCGAAUAUCCUGGGGAUGGAGCCUUGGAGAAACCCUUUCAACAACGACUUCUACAACGGGAUGUGUAAAACGGUUUACAACGGCAUCCAGAGGGCCCACAUCCGUGUUCCCUGGAACAUCAACACGUUCCAUUAUCAGACAUAUGCCCGGCAGCAAUUCACCACCGAGAUGUACGAGAGUUCCACCGAAGUCGUCAAGAAGGUCUUCAAGGAGAUCAACAGCAAAUUCAAUGCAGGGUUCUCACUGAAACUGAACAUGAAGGUGAACUUCUCGGCUGGGGCCCAUUUCAGCACCAACCUCAGCAAAAGCCUCUACACACUGCUGUCUGACAAUCAGUCCCAGAAUAAUGAUUAUUUCCUGGUCAAAGGCCAAGUGGAGUUGGCACAUUUCAACGUGCGCAGUCAACGCUACGAGCUUGAGCCAGACUUUGUAUUCGAACUGAAGGGACUCCCGACGGAGUAUGACAAGGGUGCAUAUUUUAAAAUUCUGGAAGACUACGGCACACACUACACCUCAUCGGGAACCCUCGGCGGACAAUAUCAACUGGUCUAUGUGUUGGAUAAGUCCCAAAUGGCCAAAGAGGAAAUCACAACAGAGACAUUGAAGACGUGCCUGGGAUAUGGUGCCAAUCUCAACCUCCAACAGGCCAUAUUCAAAAAUGGAAACAAUGAAUUUUAUGGAAUCUCAGAAAACGUCAAUGCUGAGAAAUGUGCAGCUGUCAAGAAAGAAAGAACAACUAUGGGCCAGGAACUUUCCCUCAUCAAAGACGUGGUGUCCUUUGUGUCUGGGGGGAAUGUUUUGUUUCUGACGAAGUUGAAUGCUCUGCUCUCUGAGGGAAGGAAGUCGAUUGAUGCCUCUCUCUUUGUUGACUGGGCCAGUUCACUCAGGAACUCACCUGUACUCGUGAAACAGAAGCUGCUGCCCAUCUACAACCUGGUGCCGCUGUCAUUGAGGGGCGCAGUGGCCAUCCGCCACAACCUGGAGCGAGCCAUCAGCGACUACGAGGCUGAGUUCAACGCCUGCAAGUGCCGGCCCUGCCGCAACGGUGGCACCGUGUCUCUCCUCAACGGGCAGUGCCUCUGCCUGUGCCCUCACACCCACAAGGGGGACGCCUGCCACAUCCCCAGGGCACAACACAUACCAACCGCCGAGUACACGGACGGUGCGUGGAGCUGCUGGACUUCGUGGUCAGGCUGCGCUGAUAGGCACCGGACACGCACGCGGCAAUGUCUGGGCCGCCAGGGAGCGGGAGCCGCGUGUCAGGGUGAGAGUAACAGCCAGACCUACUGCUGAGGCAUUUACAGGACGAGUAGGAAAGAUGAUAGGAUUUACAAAAAUAUAUAUACAACAAUAUGCAAAAGAAGAUGAACUGUGAAAAUAAACAAAUAAUUUUGAGAACAUGAGUUGUAAAG